AUGAGCUAUAAAAAUCAAUGGUAUCUAAUUUUUGUUGUCUGGAAAAAUAACAAGGAAGCAUCUCAGAUCUAUCAAGAGUUGGUGAAUGCUGAAGGUGGCCAAGCACUAUCAAUUCAUACAAUUAGAUGCUGGAUUGCCUCAUUUAAUAAUGGAGAGAAAGACGUCAAAAAUAAGUCUCAAUUUGGACAUUCUUGCAAAGCAGUAACAACAAUUACUAUUAAUAAAAUCAAAGAACUUAUUAAUAAUAAUCUACAUAUUAUUAUCUGUUCCUCACAAAUUUACUGCAGAUCAAAAAAAGAAUGGGUUACAGUUUCUAAACAGCUUUUAAAAAUUCUUGAAAAAGAAUUUGCAAAUAUUAUCACUGGGAAUGAAACGUAG